UUCACCACACAUAGACACAACACAACCACACCAUCCUUCCAUCCAUCCAUCUAUCCAUCCCCAAAAAUGAGCACUCCAGCAAUCGAAACCCCGGGCUCUACGCUAGGGCUCCUCUCCACGCCUCUAGCAACCCACCGCCUCCAUGGCAAAGUAGCCAUCAUCACAGGCGCGGGCGGUAACAUCGGCAUCGAGACGGCCGGGCGAUUCCUGAGAGAGGGCGCCAACGUUGUGCUCGUCGACAUCAGCCCCAUGGCCCUGGACAUGGCCGUCGAGGUUCUCAAGGGCGCCCUCGUCACCGGCGAAAGCGCCUCGUCGCGCAUCUACUGCGUCGUCACCGAUGCAGCGACCGAGGACGGCGUGAAGCAGUUCAUCGCUUCGACGCUGCGCAUCUGGCACCGCAUCGACAUUGCGUUUCUCAACGCCGGCAUCCUGCCAAAAGCCUCGCGCAUCACCGAGACGGACGAGGAGGAGUACGAGGAGCUCAUGCGGGUUAACGUGAAAUCUGCAUUCCUCGGCAUCAAACACGUCGGCCUCGCCAUGCGCGAAGGCAAGCGCGGCGGCUCCAUAGUCCUGACAUCUUCCACCGCGGGCCUCCGCGCAACCCCCGACCAAGGCCUCUACUCAGCCUCCAAGUUCGCCCUGCGCGGCCUCGCCCUCACCGCCGCCAGCGAGCUCGGCCCCCAUGGCAUCCGCGUCAACACCAUCCACCCCUCCGACGUCGACACCCCGCAGCUGCGCAACACCUGGGAGCAAGAUAAGCUCGACGAGCUGCAGGCCAAGAUCCCCUUGGGCCGUUUCACCCAGGUCGACGAUAUCGGCAGCGUCGUGGCGUUUUUGGCCAGCGAGGAUUCAAAGUUUAUUACCGGCAGCUUUUUGAAGAUUGAUGGUGGGAGUGUGUCGUUUUAG